CUAACUACCUACGUAAAGUACACUCACACUCUCAUCUUCAUCGGAAUCUUACCCUUCCAUUCUCUCUCCUCCACAAGCUUUCUCUCUCCUCUUCAACAAUGGAUUCUCCACCAAUCUACCUCCUCCCACAAGAUACCCUCCACAUGAUUUUCAUCAAACUCCCACUUCGUCAAAUCAUUCUUUGCAGAUCAAUCUCUAAAACCUUCCAGAACCUUCUUACUUCCUCUUCUUUCCUCCAACUCUUCAAUUCCCACCAUCCUACUCUCUCUCUCAUUGCUCUUCGCCCACCUCACCACCGCACGCGCCACCGUCACGUCCCUACUCUCCCUUUAUCUCUUCUCCACGCCUUUGAUCCUUUUUCCAAUCGAUGGCUCAAAUUCGACCUCACUUUCCUCCCUUUCACUUCUCUUUCUCCUGUUACUUCCUCAUUCGGUAAGAUCUACCUCUGGGGUAACUCACCUGAACUCACAACUCGCUCACUCAUUGAAUGUAACCCGUUAACUCGAACCUUCCGAGUUCUUCCCAAGCUUGGGUCCGCUUGGUCUAAACAUGGGUCUGUUUUAUCCGGGUCGGGUGGUCGUGUUCUUGUCCUUACCGAACUUGCUACCCUGUAUUGGUCCGAAUCGCAUAAUGAAAACAAUAAUUGGCUAAAAUUUUCUUCCAAUCUACCGUCGAAACCACGGAGUCCGAUUCUAAUUGGGACGUCAUUGUAUGCUUUAUGUGAUGUAGAAUCACCAUGGAGGACUUUAUGGAAGUUAUUUGCGUGUAAAUUGCCGGAUUCUAAAACAAAAUCAUUGGGGUGGAGUAGAGUAGAAAAGAAUGAAUGGGGGGAUGUUUUUGAUUUAUUGAAAAAACCCAGACUAGUAAAAGGAAUUGGGAAUAAGAUAUUGAUGGUAGGAGGGCUAAAAUCCUCGUUUUCAUUGAAUGCUUCGUGUUCGACUAUAUUGAUAUUGAGGUUAGAUUUGGAGAGUUUGGAAUGGGAUGAAGCAGGGAGAAUGCCAUUAGAAAUGUAUAAAUGUUUUCAAGAUUCUUCAAAGUUUAAGGUAUUUGGAGGUGGUGAUAAGGUUUGUUUUAGUGGUAAGAGGGUUGGGAAGUUGGCAUUGUGGGAUGAGAAUGUUAAAGGGGAUGGAAGCUGUGGUGGUUGUCAAUGGCGGUGGGUUGAAGGGGGGACUGGUUUUGGAGAUGGGCUAUUGCGUGGCUUUGCCUUUGAUGCUUGCCUUGGUGCCAUGGCUUCAUUAUAGUUCAUUGGGGACAAUUGGACAAGCUGGGUUGAAUUAGAGACUUCAAACUUCAAACUAAAUGUGGAGAUUUACUGGUAAAAUUGCGGAUUGAAAUAAGUUCCAACUUCAUUCUUACAUAUAUUUAUUAGUUAUAUAUAAGUUUUUUUUUUAUUUUUUUUUAUUUUUGCACUUUGUAACACUAAGCUGUGUUAUCUAAGAUGCAUGAAACAACAUAUACGACACUUCAACGAUUUACUGAACUGAAAUAUACCCAUUGUUUUUUUUGAGAGUUCAAAUUUAUGCUGGUGAAAAUUGCUUUUUUUUUGAGCUUUGUAUAUCUAUUAUAAAGAUGUAAUUACAAUGUUUGUUUUUAGAGUUCAAUCAUUGAAAUUAUAAUUUUAGGGUUUUAUUUUUUUGUUUCUAAGAUGGUGGUGGAGGUGUUGGAGCAAUGCUCUUGGGUGGAAAUCAAAAUAAAUUGU